CUGUGCUUGCUGGCGAAACUCCCACUCCCCGCCCACGGGUGCGUCACGGCACCGGCGUGACACAGACACUGUCAAACAUGAGGCGCUUUAUAGUGAGUGACCUUCUGUGGCCGCGGUGCCUUCUCCCCGCUCCGAGCAGCGCUGUGCCCCGGCAUCCCUAACACCGGUUACAGAGCCCCCCAGAUGGCUGCCGUGGAGCUGGCGGAGGGGGUGACCGGCAGGAGAGCCAGGCUGCUGCCCCGGGGAAGCUGGCUGCUGCCCACCUGCAUCCUCUGCGCUAACGGCUUCUUCACCAACCUCCGGCCCUCCGAGCCCUUCCUCACCCCGUACCUGCUCGGCCCGGACAAGAACCUCACCGAGAGACAGGUAUUUAAUGAAAUCUAUCCUGUUUGGACAUAUUCUUACCUGAUCUUGUUGUUCCCUGUAUUUCUAGCUACGGACUAUCUGCGAUAUAAGCCUGUAAUUCUUCUGCAGGGGCUGAGUCUGAUAAUUACCUGGUUUAUGCUUCUCUAUGCUCAAGGAGCUCUGGCUGUCCAGUUUCUUGAGUUUUUCUAUGGCAUGUCAACAGCAACAGAGAUUGCCUAUUACUCUUAUAUCUACAGUAUGGUAGAGCCUGGAGUGUACCAGAAAGUGACUAGCUAUUGUCGCAUUGCCACAUUAACGGGCUUCACUGUCGGUUCUGUUACAGGACAGGUCCUGGUUUCUGUGGCCAACUGGUCUUUGUUUAGUUUGAACGUCAUUUCCUUAAUUAGUGUUUCGGUUGCAUUUGCUGCAGCAUGGUUUUUACCUAUGCCCAUGAAAAGCCUUUUCUUCCACCAAACCCUAAAUGGCAACAAAGACAGCACAGACCACUGUAGAAGACACAUUAUUAAAAAUGGUGCCUUGGCGUGUGCAGCUACAACGGAGGAGAUGGAAGCACAAGUCCCCCUCAAUGCAGACAGUGCUGCAGCACAGCAUACGGAUAAGAAGAGGGUUAAUUUAAAGAAUGUACUAAGAAUACUAUGGAAGGAUUUCGUGCACUGCUACUCGUCCCGCACACUCCUCUGCUGGUCAAUUUGGUGGGCCUUAUCUACGUGUGGAUACUUCCAAGUGAUCAAUUAUUCCCAGGGAUUAUGGGAAAAAGUUGCACCAUCAUCCUAUUCCGAUAUCUACAAUGGCAGCGUGGAAGCGGUUUCUACUCUUCUAGGUGCGGUUGCAGUCUUCUUUGUGGGUUACAUCAAAAUGUCUUGGUCCACCUGGGGGGAGUUGCUACUGGCUCUGUUUUCUCUGGUUAUUGCCAUUUCCAUAUACAUCAUGGACAUUAUUGGAAACAUUUGGGUUUGCUACGCCAUGUAUGUCCUCUUUAGAAGUAUCUACAUGAUUCUUAUCACAAUAGCAACAUUUCAGAUUGCAGCCAAUCUUAGCAUGGAGUGCUAUGCCCUUGUAUUUGGAGUUAACACUUUCAUUGCCUUACUUCUACAAACUCUGAUGACUGUCAUAGUUGUGGAUUCUAGAGGCCUUGGCUUAGACUUGUUUACACAAUUUAAGAUUUACUCAGGGUAUUUUGCAAUCAUUGCACUUAUAUUCUUCGCGAGUGGCCUCGUCCAAGUUUUGAAAAACUGUCAAAAACCACAACAGGACAAACGGGAGUCUUCAGAGACUUGAGGAGCAGUCUGCAGAUGGCUUUCUUCCAGCAGAAGCAGAGUAAUGGCUGUUUGAGUCUCAAGUAUACAAUCAUGUGUCAAGUAACCAAGCCAUACUGUACUUUUUAUGAAUAAUGUUCUGCAUACAGUGACGGUUCAAUGGAGACUCAUGGUAAUAUAAUAUAUUCAUUGUCACGCAUCAGAUGUUCCCAAACUGUCCGCAAGGCACCCCAACAGUCCAGGUUUUAAGGCAAUCCAUGCUUAGCCACAGGUGACUGAAUUCGUAACUCAGUACGUUUCUGUGCACAAGCUUUGAUAUUCAUAGAACUUGGACUGUUGGGGUGCCUUCAGAUCAGAGUUUGGGAAACCUUGUGCUAGCUACAAUCUCCAAACAGCAUUGCUAAAGAAAUCUGUUUUCAUUUGAAACUUCGUCCUAUACUCAUUGCCAUCUAAUAGCUUCCAAUAGCUAUGUAUUUAAAAUGAAGUGAAAACAUAGCUCAUUUUGCAUAUUUCUUCAACAAUAUAAAUUAUACUAGCCAUC